AUGUUAUGGUUGUUAGUGCUUAUGUGUUGUGCUUUAUGUGGCAGCGAGGAGGACUUAGGAUAUAGUCUUAGUAUUGGAAACGCCAUUGAUGUGUUUGCAAAUUAUGGCGACCUCUCCCAAGUCACGCAAGUAGUUUCAGCAGACUACGAAGAUGAGGAUUAUGAUCCUAUAGAGCCCUUUAGGGAGAAGAAUAUACGGGUGUUUGAAAACGUCAGUAGUAUCAUCACACCUGGCGAUACAAUGGUAAACAUGAACCUCCAUCUCUGUGAAACAUUCGACGAUCUUCUUCAAGUCUACUUCAAACACUUCCAAAUAGAAGGUACAGACGUUCCGUGGAAAGCAUUUUUAGGCGAUUGGAUUCCAGAUGAAAUUAUGCGAGCGUUCGGCAUGGAGUACGAUCCACGGCCAGACGACUGUUGCUACGUUCUCGUCACAUUAUCUAAAACUAAAAAUUCCGUACGAAUAAACACAGAGCGGACAAUUAAAGUGAAGGAUUAUGUAUUUCGGGCGAUUGAGCAGCUUAACGCGUCUGAUGCAACGGAUUUGAGACGGUUUAUGAAGAGUUAUGGCACGCAUUACAUCGACUCAUAUAUAACUGGAAAUUUUAUUUAUCAAGUUUUUAAGUAUAAACGAAGUGGUUACAACACACUUAAGAAUUUCAUAAGAUUACGAGAACGGAGAAGGUCCAAUUCGGAUCUGAGGUUCUACUUCUCAUCAAUUUUUCUCAGACAAGUUGGGGAUAUUAGGAUUGCAAGUGGCAACAAGACAAUAGAAAAAUGGGCCCGAAAGAACUUGAGGGACAGCCAAUAUUUAUUCUCCAGACCGAGUCUUCUGAGGCUUCAUUACAACCGAAAUUUAGCCUUUAAGCUCAACGAAAUGAUGGAUAACGGGGCAUUACUUAGUCUUAACUUAAAAACACUCAAACCACUAUUUAAAGAUACAUCUAUAGGCGAUAGAUUCGUUGAAAUAGUUGAAAAUGACUUGAAAUUAUGGGAAGUGAAUGCGUAA